AUGCAAAGCGAGCCACUUUUAACUUCCUGUUUUGCAGACUAUACCAUCAAAUCACAGGAAAGUAUGGCAAAAAUCCUCCAUUUUAUUGCAGAUUCUUCAUACAUCAUUGCUAAAGAUGGGAGUGAUCUUGAUCAAGCUAUUGCAGAUCAGAUCAAAGCCAAGAUUGACGAAUUGAUUGCAUCUGACAACAAACUUGAGCUUAUUCAGAUAGAUGCCAUACAGUUAUGCAAUAUUUUUGAUGAACAAGGAAGAGAUGAAAAGGCAUACUAUACAUCUAAGAUCGAUGAAGAGAAAAUUCUCUGUGCUAAAUACGGCGAAAUGAUUGAUAUCGUAUAUGAACCGAUGGUUCUCAGUUUCAGAGAGCUCGGUCAAUACAAGAUAUACUCGUUCGACAAGAGACUCCUUCUCCAGCUUCCCACAGCUCGUGAUCCAACCCAAUUUGCAAAAAAUCGCCUUGCUGAUCUUCAGCAACAGCUUUUAGUCCACUCCAACAGUCAAUGGAAGAAUUUUAAUGUUGAAUCUGUUGCUCAAAUUUCUCAAUAUUGCAGAACAACUCCAUUUGCACAAAUUCAAGAAAUUACCGACAAACUUUCAGCAGAACAGCUCGACAAGAUCGAAGCAUACAUACUUUCUCAGUUUCCCAACAAACGUGUUAUUGGAAUUGCCGGUCCAUCCUCAUCAGGAAAGACAACUUUAUCAAUUCCGCUAAAAGAGAGGCUCAUAAAGAAAGGAUAUGACUACAUUAUCAUUGCUAUCGAUGACUACUACCAUCACCGUCCAGAAAUGUAUCACCUUCCAGACGGAACCAUUGAUUUCGAGGAUAUUAGGAGUUUCACUUCUUGCAGAAAGGAUCAAGAAACUGAUCAGUGGCGAGAAGAUACCCGUCAGACGCUUUGA